CCCAUGCAGCAGACGGUAUAAAAGGAAAGUGGUACAAAACCAGAACUAAAAGUUCACGUUAAAACCUUAUUCUUCGCACAAAAUGAAGCCAGACCAACAUAAAAAGAAGCGCAGUGCGCAAUACAAGAAGAAACAUGGAAUUACUCAAAAGAAAGAGGACGGCAAAAGCACAAAUCAGGAGAAGACAAAGUUGUCCAGUUCUUCACUUUCUUCAAGUUCUUCAAGUUCAGCACUUGACGUCAAAUCUCCCCCAACACCAAGACUUCCAAGCUCUCAAUCUCAGCAUUCUCACAACAAGGACUCUACAGAUGAGUCUGAGAGAGUGAGGCAAUUUUCAAGACGGAAGAUUGAGAGCAACUGGGACCGGUAUGAACCCUUGAAUGAAGCCCAAGAUGAUGAUAGAAGCAGUUCGGAUAUAAGGGGAGCAGACUACGAGAGUUUAAUCUCUCAAACAGGAGAUGCAACAAGUCAGUUUCGUUUCAAGGAUGAGCAAAUAUGGGAGGAGGAGGAUUUGGGAGAUGGUAAUAACCAGGAAUCAGAUAGUUUUCCUGCCAUUGACUGCCAUGCCCUGGCCAACCAGCUGAGAGCAAUCCCUCUACAUAUAAGACUUAACAUCCAAGAAAAUUUCUUUGAGUCGUCCAUGCUGCAGAGUUUCAAUGAAAUUGCCUUAAGACAUGAGAAAGAGUUGAACUCCAUCGUGCCUGCCACAAGUGUCUUACCAUCAACACGCAGUAAAGCAUCCCCUUUAGUGUUAACUGGGAGUCAGCUCACCGAUUCCAACACAGAUAAGGACACCAUGGCUGCUAAGCAGUCUUUGCAAGAUAAAGAACUUCAUAAGAUGACACCAGACUAUCAUGUCAAAAGCAAGGAGAGUGAUGCAGUACAACCUGGUGACUUAUCCAGCGAGAGUAAUUAUGUAGAGCUCGUGCAGCCUCUUGACAACAACAGAACUCAAAACAGCUCCCGUGAUGGAGGACAAGAAUCCACAGCCAUCCGAAACACAGUACUUGAACUUGAAUCAAAUGAUUCCGCAAGAGCAAUUUGCCCUAAACCGGCUUCACCAACAGUCGCUUCUAUCGGAACAGAUAGUCAAGCUGAAGUAAAGUCAUCUCAUACAAUGACAUCAAAUCCUCUGAAUGACAAAAAUCAAUGUAAAGACAUUAAGAAGGAUUAUUUACAACCAAACUCCAAGACUAGUGAGAUUGAAGAUGAAGAUGAGUUGGACUUUCUGUUGUCCUUGGAGACCCCUGUACAGACCAGGAUUAAACUAGGCACCAAUGAGACUGCAGAGGGACAGGAGGAGGAGGGCUCUGCAAGUACAUCCCAAGAUUCUACUGAGGAGUCCUCUGCAAUGACUAUUCCAGUUGAAGCUUCCACUCAGAAUGAUGCAAAAGCAGACGACCUUGAAGACUGGCUCGAUAGUAUACUUGAAGACUAGACCCCAGAUGGCAUACACGUAUGUAGCAGUAGAACAUUAAAUCUUUAUUAUGUUUGAAUCGUCUUGUUUUUCAAGCACACUGAGGCUGGGGUCUGGUCCGUUAUGGGCAAAUAAAUGUAUGUACACACAAUGUCUGCAAUAAUUAUAUUGUUAUUAGUGAUUUGCAGUACUUUGGGGGUAAAUCUACCUACUGGACCACAUGGUCCAGUGGUUUAGUUUUGGUGGUCCAGUGAUGUUAGUUUUGGACCAGUAGAUUCAAGUAUGAACAAGCCACCAGUGGUUCAGUGCAGUGGCUUUACCAGAGUGUUGGUUUGGUGGAGGGGGAAUGGUUGGGGGAGGAUGCUCACAACAACGAAACUAUGAUUUUGGAUUAGCUCUAUAAAAAAUCUUAGGGCAAAAAUAAGAAAUCGAUCUGUGAACACAAUCAAAAUGAAAGAAACGCAUACUCGAUCAGUUUGCCGUAUUUUCUGGUUGGUGAGUGUUGCAGUUAGGCAUGCUCAUUAAAGUAACAAAAAUAAAUAAAUAAAAAUAAUAAAUAAAUUAAUAAGAAAAAAAAAUAGGUAAAAUAUCAAUAAAAAUACAAAAGUAAAUGUCAAGUUAAUCCAUUGGUCAAGUAUAUUACUUUGUAACUUUGUAAGCUGAGAGUUUUAGGGGCUUUGUGUCGAUCAGUGUUGUGUUUUUAAACCGGCUAAAUAAAUUUGUACAAACCUUUAUACUUCAAAACUCCUCCAAAAAGUUCAGGAAAAAGUAUAAAUGUAGCUUAUAUUAAGGUCUCUAUUCUGGUCACGUGAAGGUUCUGAGCUACAAGACCCCUCAUGUCAGAGCCCUUGAUGAGCACCCUUCUCCCAUCCCCAUUAGUCUUCGCAUGGACAAGCCCACGUCCAAUUUUUAAUAUUGCAAUGAAUGUCACCUUCAAACAUGUAUGAACUCAACCAUGUAGUGUUUUAUUAAAAACUACAAAUCAUAUUAGGCUGAAAAAUAGUGACAGGUGCCAGGUGUGUUGUGGCUAAAAUAUUACAAACCAGUGAGUGGUUAAGUCUCUCUUGAUUUGCCUUAGGAAGGUUUGAUAGCUGAAGGUUCAUGUCUAUAACCUUCCAUCGGUAAUAGUGUUAUUAACGAUUAAGACAGACUUUGAAAAUACAGCUCAAGGUAGCAGUGUUCAGGCAGUAGUAAUCUCAUCAUAAGUCCCUAAUGGAUGACCUAUGUUAACCUCACGUUAGAGGUCAUUCAGAACAGUCAAUGUUAAACAAAAUGUUUGAAAUUGUUAUGACACCACCCACCCACCCUAAAUUUAUAGUUUUAAAUGAUGACCGACUUUUUUUGUUAUAUCCUAUAUACACCGAAGAGCAAAGUAAUGCCUGAAACGAAGCAGUCAUUCUAAAUGCUCCAAUUUCAAAUGUAGUACAGCAAACAGAAGAGGCUUCUUUUGUCAAAAGAAGCUUCAGAUUACAUUGUGCUAUUUCAAUAGGUCUUGAUUUUUUAUUUUAUUUAUUUAUUUAUGUAUUUUUUUUUUUACUGAGAAGUUUGAUGUCCUAGCAAAACACCAUAAAUAACACUAUUUUCAAAGGGACUCUGAUUCAUAUACGCCAAAAAUCAAGCCAACAUCCAAAUCAAACGUACUGGGAAAAAAACACAGUUUAGUAAACGACGAUCUCAAAACGCAACGUGAAUUGCUCAUUGCUCAUUUUUUGUGUGAAGAAUGCGAACGUUUACUUUACCCUGUAGUGUGUUCAAGGUGAAUUCAGUGUCCUUAAAAAGCACACUGAAAACAAAAACUGUAUAUGCCCCAAGGGGGAUCGAAUUGUCGGGGUUUAGAAGCAUUAGUUCUUUCAAGACGUCAAGUUUUCAAGAAAAGCACGUAUUUGAGCGUGAGACCAGACUGUGUGUUUGUUCUCACCGCGAUGUAGAUAAUAAGCCAAUCGAAUAUAGCUUUUUACCCUGGCACUGCAUCUCUUCGGAACCCCCUGUCUGGUGCAUGUUUCCCCCACUUUUCCCCCACUUUUCCUCCAUCCUUACAAUUUAGACUGUUGUAAGAGGAAUAUAAUUUCAUACCUUCUUCUCCCCUGAGUUAUUUUCACCUGAAAUGUUUAUUUCAUUGUAACCCCUACUUACCGUCCUGAAAACGAUCAUCACCAGAUCAUACUGAUCGAACAUUGAGUUGUUCACCAUCGGUUCUUUUCAAAACAAGCACUAAUCAAAAAGAGGUAUUCAUAAUGGUGUUACCGAAAACCUCUCUUACUCUUAGUUAUACAUCCACCAUGCUAAGUUUCAAAUCAUACUUAAAGGCAAUGGACACUAUUGGUAAUUACUCAAAAUAAUUAUUAGCAUAAAACC